ACAGCUCACACACUGCAGUCAGGAUCCGGAGUGUGUGUGUGUGUGUGUGUGAGAGAGAGGUUGUUGUGAGCGGGAGGGAAAACUUUUCUGUCUCUGUUUUGGUCUGUAUCAGAGUGUGUGUGUGUGUGUGUGUAUAAGAGUGUGUGUGUGUGUGUGUGUGUGUGUGUAACAGACAGUUACAUUGUUACGCGGUGUGUGGUGUCGCGGCGCGCGCUCUCUCAGUGUGUGAGUGAGUGUGUGUGUGUGUGUGAGAGGGGGAGCGGACGGGUCUCCCCCACACGUGUGUGUGUGUGUGUGUGUAAGAUGGCGGAUAAGGGCUCGGUGCUGACGGCGGUGAUCCUCUUCUACCUGACUGCGGGCGGGACGGUGUUUAACCUGCUGGAGGAGCCGCGCUGGAGGGAGGCAGUGACCCGGUACAGAGAGGACAAGGAGAGGAUCCUACACACACACCCCUGUCUCACAGAGCAGGACCUGGAGUCCAUCAUACAGACGGUAGCCACAGCUGCGGGUCAGGGUGUCACCGUCACCGGAGACAAACCAUACAACCCAUGGGUUUGGCAGAACGCCGUCAUCUUCGCCGCCACCAUCAUCACCACCAUCGGUUACGGUCAGGUUGCCCCGAAGACGUCAGGUGGGCGUGUCUUCUGCAUAAUGUUUGGUUUAUGUGGAAUUCCGCUGUGUCUCACAUGGAUCAGUGAGCUUGGAACGUUCUUUGGCAGCAGAACAAAACGUCUAAGUCAGACCCUACUGCACCGACGAUGGAGUGUGAAAAAGGUUCAGCUCACCUGCACGUCUCUGUUCCUGUUGUGGGGUUUGCUGUUCCAUCUGCUCAUCCCUCCGCUCAUCCUCAUGUCUGUGGAGCAGUGGACAUAUCUGGAGGGGCUUUACUUCUGCUUCAUCACACUCACCACUGUGGGCUUUGGAGACUACGUAGCAGGUGUGAACACAGGGUUGACCUAUAAGGCUCCUUACCGCUUCUGUGUGGAGAUAUGGAUCUACAUGGGCCUGGCAUGGCUUUCUCUGUUCUUCAGCUGGAACGUCAACAUGGUGGUGGAGGCCCACAAAGUCCUUAAGAAACGUAGACUGAUGCACAAGCUUUCUCCUGCCCAGCUAGAGGAGAUGCACAAAGCUCAGCUCCCUCACGUACCCAGCAUCGUGGACAUCUUCAAGUUCAUGUCGGCAAAAGGUGAGGACUACAGCGAUGUGAUCCGGGCGAUCGGCAUGGCCGAAAAUAAGAAAAAGCAGCAGGAGGAGGAGCUCACGCGAUCCAAGAGCUGCAGCGAACUCCUCAAGCAGGUGCUGGUGCCGAUGGAACAAUCGCCACGCCAGAAACGCAGGUUCAGCAUCGGAGACAAUGUCUACAUGGUUAUCUCCAGAGUCAGAGGUUCUACCGGAGAUGAGGAGGAGGAGUGCAAAUCUCUUCAGGAGGAACCGAGCCAUGAUCCAGAACUGAGCAAGGAGAAGUCUUCAGAAAAGGAGGUUCUGAAAAGAGCGGGUAGUUUAGUGUGGGACUCGAGAAACGUUGUCCAAAGAUCCUUUCAGAUCCCCAGCUUCACCUUUAGCUGCGAUGCUGAUGACUCAGAAACUCAGGAAGGAACCUCCAGGUUCUCCGUGACCAGAGUGAAUGAGGAUUUAUUAGAGAGAGGAGAAGGACCAGGGUGAGGAGCAAAGACCUCCUGUGCCAUCGCUCAUAGCGCACAGUUCAGUGAGAAGCUUCAUGAAAGCGGAGAACCUAACAAGAACUCUGGCCUUUAAAACAAUGUUAUUAGUUAGGAAAUUAGUGGCUGUUGUGAAACUGCUGUAUGUAUGUGUGUGUGUGUGUGUGUGUGUGUGUGUGUUCUCAGUGACUUGAUGAGUCAUGGACCAAAUAUGGACAUAAUAAACUGUAAAUAAAUUCCUUUUCUACAUGUUUUUAAAAUAAAAUAUCUCUAUAGU